AUGUUCACGCCCAGGUACGGGCUUCAAAACGGUGUCAUGCUCACCGCCAUCCUUUCCCUCGCCUUCGUCGUCCUCCUCGUCGUCCUUCUCCACCUUUACAUUCGCCUCUUCCUUCGCCGGCACCAAGCCGGCCGCCAGGUCAACCCCCGUUUCUCCGUCGCCGGCACCAUGGGCGCCCUUGAUACCGUCUCCGUAGAGUUCCCCAAGGCCGGGCUCGAUCCAUCUGUCUUGAGCGCGCUGCCCACCUUCAAGUACAUGAGGGCUGACGGCGGUGGCGCUGCGUCCACCGUCGACUGCGCGGUUUGCCUGGCGGCGCUAGAGGAGGGGGAGCUGACCAGGCUUUUACCCACUUGCCGCCACGUCUUCCACGUCGAGUGUAUCGACAUGUGGCUCUAUUCCCACACAAGCUGCCCCAUUUGCCGGGCAGAGGUUGAAGCGCCUCCCACACUUUCCUGUUCUCCAGCGGGCAGUGCGCAACUGCCAGAGCAGGACAGUGGAAGUGUCGAUCCGCCGGCGGCUGCAGCAGUCGGAGAGGCCACGUUCGGGACGUACAAAGAUCAGGAGAGCUCCACCUCGCGAUUGAACCUGUCGCUGCGGAGGAUGCUUAGCCGGGCGAGCUCGCAAAGGUCAGCCAGUGCGGAUGUUCUUCCAGAUAUUGAGAGGGAGUAG